UCUGAUGCCGGCCACAAGACUCGGAGCAAUGAGGUGGAGCUCUCCGCUCCCCCGCCCAGCUCCCCCCUCCCCCCCUCUGCUUCCUCUUCGCCCUGCCCCGAGCGAGUGGAGGAAGAGGAGGCAGCAGCAGCAGCAGCCACGCAGCAGUGCAGAGCAGCGGCAGCGGGCAAGGCCAUGGGCAGCAGCAGCAGCAGCCCGCCAGCUAGGGGCGCUUAGAGCGAAGAGGGCUCCUGUGGUGGUGACGGCUCCCUCCUCCUCCUCUCCCAGCUGCGGGGCUCCCCCUCGCACCCCUCCUCGCCGCUGCUACCGCAAGUCGCUAACUGGCACAGAGGCUCCGGUUACUGCUCGGCAGGCAUGGCCAGGGAUCCCGAUGCAUGGGUCCUCUUCACGAGGAACCUGCAGGCCACGCUCACCUACUGCAGCGUCUUCUUCACCUUCGGCCUGUGCGCCUCCUUCCUGGGUCCCACGCUGCUGGACCUGCGAUGCCAGACGCACAGCUCCCUGGAGGCCCUGACGUGGGUGUUCUUCUCGCAGGCCCUCUGCACGCUGCUGGGCAGCGUUCUGGCCGGAAUGCUGCUCAAACGAGUGUCGGCGGCGCCGCUGCUCUUCGUGGCGACGCUCUCCGUGUCGCUGCUCUUCGUGGUGGUGCCGCUCUGCUCGCACGUCGUGCUGCUGGCACUCGUGCUGGCGCUCGUGGGACUCUCCAUGGGCUGCAUCGACACCAUCGCCAACACGCAGAUCCUGCGCCUCUUCCAGCGCAACGCCUCGCCCUUCCUGCAGGCUCUGCAUUUCUGGGCGGGCCUGGGCGGCCUCCUGAGCCCUCUGAUCGCCGAGCCCUUCCUGUCGGACGACCACUGCCUCAUGACCAGCAACGCCACGGUGCAGAACUUCUCCAAGCUGGAGUCGCUGCGCAGCGAGCUGGUGCCACACCACGUGGCGGCGCGGCACGACGCCGUCGUGCUGCCGCUGAGCGGGCGCGCCGUCACCAACGUGCAGUACGCCUUCUGGAUCAUGGCCUUCAUCAACCUGCCCGUGCCGCUGGCGGUGCUCUUCCUCAUGGUGCGGAGCCGCUGCAGCCAGUGCUGCAACCAGGAGAAGGCCCCGCUGCUCGGGGAGGACAUCUCCAUGGACGACGAUGGCGGCGACUCGGGGCCCAACCACGACCAACGAGGGUCUUCACAACAUGGCUUUCUCAACUGUUUCACUGGGCAGAACUUGUCGGCGAAGAUGCUGUUCAUCCAUAUAUUGGGAAUGCUCAUUCUGCUGUUCUCUGAAGGAGUCUUGUCCGAGUUUGCCGGCUUUGUGCACAGCUACUCGACGCACAGCUCGAUGCGCAUGCUGCCCAGCGAGGCGGCCUUCCUCAACAGCCUCUUCUGGGGCUUCAUCACGCUGGGCCGCCUCGUCUCCAUCCCCCUUUCGACGCGCGUGCCGCUCAGCAUCCUGCUCUCCAUCAACUGGAUGGGCUGCGUGGCCUCCUUCGCCGUGAUGCUCAUCUUCUCGCGACACCCCACGUCGCUCUACUUCGGCACGGCCGCCUUCGGCCUCUUCCUCAGCAGCGUCUUCCCCAGCGGCCUCGCCCUCACCGAGGACAGCCUCAACUACCGCGGUUGCGCCACCACUCUGCUGGUCACGGGAGCGAGCGCGGGAGAGAUGUUCCUUCCCGUGAUCGUGGGAACGAUCAUUGACCAGCAAGGUUAUGGGAUCUUCCUGCCCGCCGGGCUGAUCAUCUGUGUGCUGGGGCUGCUGGUCUUCCUGGGCCUCGUCGCGUGUCGACGCUUCUUCGCCUCGCAUGAUGAAGACCACCCUCACGAUUCCAAGGUGGAACCUGACAGUGCAGGCAUGUGAGACACCCAAGCCUGCGUUGAGGUUCCCUGCAGUUGAGACGCUCGACCGUGCUCCCUCACCAUCGCGCGUCAACCACGUGACUUCUCUCUCAGCAAUCCAUGGGAGAAUUACACCCAUCUCACCUCCUCCAACAGCAUCAACCAGAAACCUAACAUCCUGUAGUGAUCCGAUAGCAAUCCAUUCGCGACGUAUAGGUAGGUCCAUGAGUACAAUGUGUGGUGUAGAGACGCGUUGGAGGGAUAGUGUGUGGUCUAUUUGAUAAAUCGCUGUGCAGUGUUAAUCCAUCGUUUUCGAUCACCUUUCCUAUGGCUUCUAAGCCUUGACCCCUGAACAGAAGAAAACGAGUCACGUUUGGAUGCAAUAUAUUUAUAAGACUUCCUACCAAACGCGUUAUGUACAUACAUUUUCCCUAAAUAGACAAAAAAAAGUUGCUACCCUAUUUUCUAAUCUGUGUACAUUCAUAGAGAUCAUUAUUGAAUUUGAAAUCUUUCCCCGUGAAAAUCUCGAGGCGAUUUUUCAGAAGAGCCCUGCCCAACGUAUUUGCCCAAUUCAAGUCUUGUUUCCUACAAAGCAUACGAGAAGGAGGACAAACCCUUGCCUUGCCACGCACAUGGCACAAGGUAGGACAUGACAAGCCCGCUUGCUGUACUGCUCACCGCUGGCGCACCACCUUGUUUAUCAACAGGGGAGUGCCCCCCCCCCCCCCCCCCCACGUGGACCGUCGUGUCUCCCAUCCCCGCGCGCUCCACCAACCCCCCCCCUACAUCCGGCUCGUGACGUUCAGGAUGCGCAGCGUCUUUCGGUGCGAACGAGCGUGCGGCGAUGCUCGCCCACGACCUGAACAGUGGGUGAAAAUGCCACAUCCCAAAGGCGGGGGGACCGCUCAGUCUGGAGGUUGAUCGACUAACUGUUAACCUCCUUGGACAGUGGUGCUCGUUUUUAUAUCCGUGCUGGAGAGACGAUGAGUCAGCUCGACUCUGGCAGAAUUUAACCGGCGACUCUCCAAUCAUGCGUUAAACGCUUGAGCCACAGUGCCACUCGGCUGAAUUUGUUGCUGUUGAAGUUUAACGUAAUUAAGUUAAAGUCAUAUUCUUUGGUUCUUUCGGUAAAGUCACAUAGAAGGGAAACAAUAAAAUAAUACAAAUUUAAAUGUUAUUGUUUUAUAUUUUUAUUAUUUUAUUGUUUCCCUUCUGCGUUGGUGACUUUACCGAAAGAACCAAGAAUAUGAAUCCCUGCAGUCACGAAAGCUUUAAAUCAAAAUUUAAGUUAAAGUUAUUAUCAUGGUGGAUGAAACAAGUAGUGCAACUUACGUGAAUUUGAUGGUGUGCGUACUAUGGGGCCCGUAUGGAGAUUGUCCACCAACUGGCCCUGCCAUAGGAAUGUCGAAUUUUCACCACUUGCUUGGGGCCAUCAACAAAGAUGAGUGCCACAUUGCACUCGUGUGACGGAGCCACUUUGCACGAGAGGCUGAUGAUCGUGUUACGAAUGACUGCGCUUAAUUUUUCCUAAAUCUGUGAAAACUCAUCAUUUACGUUGCAACCACCCCCUAAUUUUAGUUAAGCAACUUUAUUCGAAACUUAUACCACAAAAAAGUACGUAAGCAUUUUAAACAGUUUACUGUGUGUGUUUUGCUAAGCCGUGAAGAGCGUGUGAACAUUUUGGUAGCCAUGUACACAACGCUGUAGCUACAUUUUUAUUUGCUUUGCCGCAAAAUUUAUAGCUCGACGCAUAUCCUGAAAAGCAACGCUUGUAUCCUGAUAAAUAUGAGACCACACGGCCUUCUAUAAAACAUAUCCGGUCAAGCUUCACUUAACAAACUCUCCCGGUUCUAUUGUCACGUGUAUUUUACACGGCACCCUUAACAUUUCGUGCCGUUUUCAACGUCCCCGUUGUCGUAAAACGUCGGAGGUUUAAUAUUUUGUUAGCGAUGUGCACGCCAAGGUCAAGAGGUCAUCGCAGCUCACGCUGCUGAAACCGUGACCCCUCACCCGCCGCCUCCGUCGCACGCAUCCCGGUUGUUGCACAGGCGAGCGGUACCCGAACCAGCGAGGGCCGCUCGCUCGAAUGGUCUCACAACAUCUGUCUCCAGGGUUUCCCCGAUGUCACCGCCGCCGCCGCCGCCGGGUGCCGCUCCAACCCUCCCCGCCUCCAUCCUGCACUCGCGCCUUACCUGCUGGUCUUCCCCUUCCCGAUUGAGGCUUCAGGGUUUUCCUGCGAUGUUUUAUUCAGAACUUGUGCGUCGUUUACCCUAUCUUUCCAUGAAAUAGCUGGCGCCCUCUGCAAAAGCCACCCGCUAUCAUUCACAACCCUGAAGCUUCUCGACCCAUCUGGCAAAGUGCACAUGGCGUGGUAUGGGAUCUUUGUGUUCAUCUUUUUGCAGCACAAUUAGAGAGAGAUUGGUGUCAUUGUGGCUGCUAUGCAUAGCCAUCAAUACGAUCGGUUAUGUUACUGUCUGGCACAUAUCACAAAUAUGAUUCAAGGUAAAUUUUUAUCAUCCAUACAUCCCCCUUAAUCAGACCUUGCAAAAUACAAGGCGUCACAAUUUUCAAGAUAUAGGAAAAUCAUCUCAGCAGAUGCUACUUGUCAGAUCAAUUUCAAGGUCAAGCAAAUACUUUAUUAGACAUGCCAUCCACACAUCACCUUGCAAUGCAUUUCAUUGUAAUCUGCUCUUUGCAUGCUUGAGAGUAGGGUAAUUAAGUGUCAUCACAGUAGUCACCUUAGCUUGAUCUAAGACAAAUCCGAAAGGUUGCAUGCAUACUCUGUAGAGCAUUUGGAUCUAUGCUUGUCCCGUACUAGCUGUGUGAACCAUACACGUUUAACUUGGUGCAGAAAGAGGCUGGAAUCUACAUUGAUACCCCGUCGUGAUAACACCCCAAGAUCCUGCCGUGGUCUAUCGGUGAGCGCACUGGACUUGCAAGCCUACAGGUCGCCGGUUAAGCUCAAUCUCUUGGUCUUGGCAAGUUAAAGAAGGGAAAGUUUCGUAUUUCCUCACCGCAUUUGGCCAUUGGCAGGUCGUGUGUGGUGGAGGGGGGAAAGUGUGGGGACUACCACAUCUUUCUGGCAUUAGUUUGGGGCUGUUGCUGAUGGAUAUGAGCGCCACCCAAUCCUCAAGCUGGAGGAUCUUAUAUUCGUUUUGUCACGUAUUGAAUAAUACACCGUGACGCGUGAUAACUCGAAGGUUGAACGUUUGACAAUGGUUUCAGUGUGGAGUUUCGCAAGUGGUAUUUGAGAAAAUGAAAAUUAUUAGAAGGGUUUGUUAGGUUGCAAAGGUUGCACUGUGAAGAUGGUAUCUGCAGUGAGAGAACCAAUCGGGUAUGGGAUGUAUCAAUAAUGCGAGUUUUGUAAACCAAUUACAGUUAAAAUAUCCUCUUCACGAUUAUACAUGUCCAGGUGAUUGGAAGCCAAUAACUAUAUUUAAUGUGUUCCGUUUGAUGGGUCCCCUUGAGGGCAGAAACCACGUGAUUGUCAUUUAUUCCAACAUGUUCCAUGCAACAGUGAUCCUCCGCCGUCUCUAACCCAAUAAACCGCUCACCGCCUUGUCAA